AUGGCAGAGUCGGAGGAGGAGGAUGUCUUGGUCCAGAGAGUUGUAAAAGAUAUCAAUAACGCCUUCAAGAGAAAUCCCAAUAUUGAUGAGAUAGGUCUGAUCCUUUGUCCUGAGGCCAGGUACAACCGCAGCCCCAUCGUCUUGGUAGAGAACAAGUUGGGGGUGGAGAGCUGGUGUGUCAAAUUCCUGCUACCCUAUGUCCACAACAAACUACUGCUCUACAGGCAGCGCAAACAGUGGCUGGACAGGGAAGCUCUGGUGGACAUUACUUGCACUCUGCUGCUGCUCAACUCAGACUUUACCACCGCUUGGAAUGUCAGGAAGGAGCUGCUGCAAUGUGGCGCCCUAAAUCCAGAGAGAGACCUGUACCUGGGAAAACUGGCCCUCACCAAGUUCCCCAAGAGCCCCGAGACAUGGAUACACAGGCGCUGGGUACUACAGCAGGUGCUACGGGAGUGUUCUCCCCCCAGCUCGGAUAGGAAGGAGCAGGGUGACAGUGACCUGCGUGACUCAGCAGAGAGGACGCGGCUGAGUGAGCGGCUCCACAGGGUUCUACACGACGAGAUGAAGGUAUGCGCCGACGCCGCCAGCCGCUACCCUAGCAACUACAACGCCUGGUCGCACCGUAUCUGGGUCCUGCAGAACAUGGCCCAGGGCAACCUGAAGGUCCUCCAUGAUGAGCUGUCCUCCAUGCGUGAGUGGGUCUCCAUGCACGUGUCGGACCACAGUGGCUUUCACUACCGCCAGUUCCUGCUCAAGGCCCUGGUCAGGGAGCUCAGCCAGUCCAUGCACCACCACCAUGCCCCUUGGCCUAGCCUCGGCAGCUCCAGCCCUCGCAGUCCCAGCCCGGACCCCCAGCCAGGCCACCCCCCCCACCAGGCUAACGGAGAGGCCACAGCAGCAGCCCCCUGCCCCUCUCCCGCCACCCCAGAGGACCAGUCCUUGGUGGCGGCCGUGCCCCAGCUCUUCCACCAGGAGAUGGAGCUGUGUACUGACCUCAUCCAGUCCUUCCCCGGACACGAGACACUCUGGUGUCACAGGCGACACAUCUUCUACCUUUGGCACCACUGGAGGCGGGACCACGAUCACCACGAAGGCCAGGGCCGUGGCAGUGAGUCUCCCCAGCUGAACCACACUGACGAUGGGCUGAGCAGACAUCCUCACACAGCCUCCCCUAGACGAGUGGGUCUAGACAGGGUGGAGAGCAGGAACGGACAGGCUCAGGAGGGUCAGAAUGCCAUGGAGGUGGACGGGGUCGGGGUUCCAGACCCCCGUGACACUAAGCGUCUGAAGCGGGGUCCCCCUGACCCCUGCCCCCCCGCCCUGCCCUCAGAGCACGGUUUCGUAGCCAGCGUCCUGGACGGCUGCCGCUCCCCGGAGCAGGGAUGCUUCGCCCUUGCAUACAGGAAGUGGCUAGACUCUGUGAUUGGUCAGUGAGAGAUGGACGGACAAGGUCAUUGGUCAGUGAGAGGAGACGCUUCCUACUCCACUGGAGAUGGGUUACGGUUUAAAUUUUCCCCUCUGGCACAGAUCUAGGAUCAGCUUACUCUCACCCAACCCCUAACCUUAACCAUUAGGGCAAGAACUGCAAAAUACUGUCCCUAGAUCAGCGUCUAGUGGCUGGUAACAUUAUGCUCGUCUUGAAGGCUCUGGAAGGGGGCUGGGGGAUCUCAAAGUUAUAUGAGGCCCCUCCCGUCUUCCUGGAAAUGCCAGGAAAGUGAUUCGUCGGCAGAGCUUUGUCUGAGCCAAUCCCCCUUCAGAAUGGAAAUCUGAGUGUGGCUUUGCUCUGAGUCGUUCCACCUCAAAGCACAAGAAAGAGGACCACCAGAUUGUUCUGAAAUUGUUUCUGUAGUUAGUAAGAGMAGAUACGAUUAGCAUUCCUGUAACAUUAUUUUGUUGAAAUAUAAUUAGAUCUCUGAAAUAUUAAGCUAAUUGAUUUCAUCCAAAUUGACCAUUUUAAUUUAUAAGAUUCAGAUAGUAGUCAAUAAAUAUAGUACCCAACAUCCAAUUUGGACCAAACAUCUUCCUAACAAUGCGUCCCCAAAAAAUUGUCAAAGGCCACCCACGGACCCCCUACACCCCAUGCCAAUCCCACCCCAACAACCAGUAUACAG